UUUUUCGGCGCAUCCGGCGUCGAGAUUCACGUCUUGAUUCGCAAUAAUCAGAGAGAUAAAUAAAUAAUAAUAGGUGUGAUAGUGCCCGAUUAGUUCACUGCGUGCCUUGGCAGUGCAACAUAUUGACGUUGUGCGCGAAACGUAACUUGAAGACGAUUACCAGCUAAAGUGAUUUCGAAACGUUGUUUUGGUUACAUACACAGUGUUUGAAGAGACUUUGUAAAUAGAUAAACCGGUAGGUUUUUGACAUCCUAGCCUAGCUGCUGCCGAUCCUUCCGCUCAGACUCGAGCCGUCACUGGAAGUUCUUUCGCUCUGGAUUUGUGCAUCGAGGCGACGGUAAAGGCGACGCGAUUGCGAUGGAUUUCGCGAUGAGCAAGGAGAAUAUCCAGCCGCUGAGGGGCGGCCGGAAUGCUGCACAGCUCGAGGUCGGGUUGCAGGCGCAGCACAAUCCGCAGUAUCAGGAGCAAUUGAUGCUACAAAAACAGCAAUUUGAAAACGCAAUUAGAAACUAUAACGGAGACGAUCCACUCGACAACUACUAUCAAUACAUUUACUGGGUCGAGCAAAGCUUCCCCAAACACGGACACGAAGGAAACUUUAUUAGUUUACUAGAGGACUGCCUAGGUCGCUUUGAGAAUGAUCCAAACUAUCAAAAUGACUUAAGAUUAUGUAAACUAUGGAUUAAAUAUAUUGAUCUGCAAGCGAAUUUCACCGAGUUAUACCAAUUAUUGUACGCGAAACGCAUCUGCGUCGGUUGUGCUGACAUGUACAAAGCCUGGGCGUACUACUACGAAGCUUCAGGUGAUUUCAAACGUGCCGAUCAGGUCUACAAGCUGGGCAAAGCUGAACUUGCGCAACCAUUCCAAGAACUCGAGGCGGCUUAUCAUAAUUUUGUCUAUAGUGCCGGAUUUCGAAUGUUAAACGAUGGCGCUGCUGAUACACGACGCUUGGCCGAGCAGAGACAAGCACUCACCAGCCUACAAACAUUCAAAUCCGGACAAGUUGGCAGUGUACGAGUGCCAUCUUCUACUGCAGGUCCCGGUAUUCUCCCAAUGAAUCAAGCUGGUUUCAACAAUGAGAACCGCUCGCAUGUGGGUCCCGUCAACGUGCACGAAGACUUCCAAGAUAUUCUCUUUGGUGGAGGCGCUGCACCAGUAAGCAUUCUUGAGACAUUGAAACGCGAGGCGCCGAAGGAGAAUGUCAUGGAGGCCGGCGUAUGGACGGGCGCUGUGAAGAAGACUCAUACUGUACAUAAAACAUCCAGCAUUCCAAUUCAUAUUGACUCAAUGGAACCACCGCAUGAACGCGGAAUUCAAUUACCUGCAUCAUUCGUCGCGCACACUCGCGAAGAUUUCUCCCAGUGGAAGGUGCCGCUCUGCGUGCCGGAUCCGGAAAACCCCAAUCAAAUCCCAAUGUAUUGCAAAGCGCAAUGCUACGCUGAUCCAAACAAAGAGUAUAGUAUUGAAGAAGUACGCGCACGGCGAUACAUGCGCAAAACUAAACAUCAGCUGAGUUUGGAUGCAUCUGCUAAUAUGGAGACGGACAUCAUGCAGCGCUCGAAUGCAUCUAUGGAAUGCGCUGAUACUUCGAUGAAUGCACAACAGCAGCAAAUGAACAAUUUCACGCACCCGCAACAAAUGCAAUCGCCACAUCCACACGUAAGCCUUCCCCAGCAACAACAGGCAAUUGCAAGCUCAGCACCGCCGGUGUAUGCCCCACCGCCGAAACACAUGCACCCGCAAUACAGCCAACAAUAUAAUCCACAUGUACGUAGUCCUAUGCAUCUGCCAAGUAAUAUGUAUAAUCAUGCACCACCGCUACAACAACAGCAGCUUCCGAUGCAAGUACCCCCACAUAUGCAUCAUUCCAUGUCCCAACCACCGCAGGUUACACAAAAUCAGCACUACACUGUACCUAGUAGUCCUGUAGUUCAUCACAGCCCGAGUUAUCGUGUAUCACCGAUGCAUUCUCCUCCACGUCAUCCUAGUCCCUAUAGACAUGUUAUGCCCUAUGAGCAACACUCGAUUGGUGGACAUCCAUCUAUGGGUCCUGGCCCAGGUCCACAAAUACAACACCAGCAUCCUUCUAUAUCGCAACAUCAGCACUCUAUGAAUCAUUCACAGCAUUUGUAUCCGGCUAUGAUGCAGCCGAUGCAAUCGCCUAAUCACUCUUAUCCACAAAUGCACAACUUGCCGCCGAUUGAGAAUUCUGCGUACAACGAGCCAAAGACCUAUACUAAUCUUGCGUUGCAAUCACCGCUGACGCAAACUUAUCAGAAUCAUAGCGCAAUGCGUACGAUCGCUGACACGCAGCAGAUGCAUAAGUCACUCUCGGAGGAUUCGGCUAUCUCGCACGGUGUUGAUAUGUUUAACUUGUGGAGUAACAGCGAUACGUCGUCACCAGUCGUGCCAAUCCGGCCGCAGCAGCCACUUGCGCAUUUUUCGGCUUAUGCUGACUCGCCGACAACGAGCAGUUGGUUCCAGCCGCAGAUAGAACCCAAGGGUAAUGCGAUGAAGACGCCGAUAAAGAUUCUGAAUGAUGAUGAACUGGCGGAGACUGGGUCACGAGGUGGAUUGGAUCAUGCUGCUGCUGCGCAGCCCACUGAUGGGGCCAAGAGGGUUUUCGAAGAGGAUGAUGUGGAUCUAGCUGCUAAUACGGAGGUGUUUAAUCUCAAUGCUAUGCAUGUGAGCACGCCGCAGAACAAGAUGAAUAAUGAGAAUGCUCCGCCACCACCCAUGGAUCAUCUCAAAUCAACAAAGAAGAAAUUGUUUGAGCAUCAGAUGUCUGAUAUUAUGGAGGAGGCUAGCAAUUUUCAAUCUUCUGGUAGUGCUGGAAGUAGUAGCGCUCUUGGAAGCGGUGGUAGACGGUCUGUUUUCGGGGUAUCCAGACCAGGGACAAUGGAACCCAUUAGUGAGCAAAGCAAUUAUCAUUUCAAUUUAUCACAAAAUAUGAAAGCGAACGCAGAAUUGCGAUUGAAAUUAGGCAUGGAUUGCGAUUCUGCGCCUGAGUCGCCAAUUCAGCAGCCAUUGCUGACGUCUUACGAAAAUUACGAAGUUUAUCCAGCAGAAGAACAUUAUGAACCUGAAGUUGUGGAAUACGAUGAUGAACCUCAACAACACGUACCAUAUCCAGUAUUAAACAUUCAACCGACAGAUCCAUUCACAAAUAAAGUGCUAGAAGGCUUUCUAGCGCAUGUGAAUUUCCCUGGUCGGCAUCGCCGUAGCCUAGUGCGCAUAAACGGCGUACCGAAGUUGGCAGUAAAGAAAGAUCCUUGCCACGUGGGCAAAGAUCGUUACUUAGUUGAUAAACUACUCGGGAAAGGAUCGUAUGGUAAUGUGUACAAAGCAGUGCAAUGCGCCACCGGCGCUGUCGUCGCCCUAAAGAUACAAAAACCCGCAAACAAGUGGGAAUUCUACAUCUGUAAGGAGAUUCAGGCGAGAUUAGCUGAUCAUCCAUUGCGGGAUUGUUUUAUGAACGUUCAUAUUGGUUAUUUUAGUGAUUUAGCUUCGGUUUUGGUUUCUGACGUGCACAAUACCUCCCUGUUGAAUUUAAUCAACAUGAUUAAGGUGAACCUGAGCAAUGCCCCGAAACACCACCUGUCUAUCCACCUUACCAGUGAGAUGAUGAAGAUAGUGCAGGCGUUGCAUCAGGUGCGCAUCAUUCACGCCGAUAUAAAACCGGAUAAUUUCCUCGUGAUGGUGACGAAUGAUGUGGUGCGACUACAGCUGAUCGACUUUGGCUGCAGUAUUGAUAUGUCGUUGAUGCCGGAAGGCACGACGUUCACGCGCAAAGUGAAGACGGUGAGCUUCCAGUGCUGCGAGAUGAAGGACGACCGCCCGUGGAAUUAUCAUACGGAUUUGUUCUGCAUUGCUGCCACGUCGCACGUGCUGUUGUUUGAGAGUUACAUUGAGAUGAAGAAGGCGGACGGCCGUUGGUCCAUCACGAAGAAGAUUCCGCGCUACUAUCGUGAUGACCUGUGGAGCACGUUUUUCAGCAGCAUGCUCAAUAUGCAAGAGGGACUCGCUGAUCUUGAUUAUCUUAUCUCGUUCUUUGCUGAUGCGCUCGAUCCGAAGGAGCUGCGCUCGGCGACGACUUACAUUAUCAAUUCGUUUAAGAAUCGCUAGACUAUUAACUAUUAACGUUGUUUUAUAUUAAUUUUUAAACGGUUUAUGCUCGACACGUAAGAGUUGAUCGACUUAGCAUUGGUUGCCUACACGAAUUCAAACAAAAUUACGAUAAAAAAUAAUGUUUAACGCAGAAGACGUAAUUGAUUUAAUUGAUUUAUUUUCAGUUAUUGGCAAGAGGUAAUUCUUGCUGAAUUUGUUAUAUGAAUUAACGUAUGUUUGGUUGCCUACGGGGUGGGAAGAAAAUAAUUAAUUUCUAAUUAAUUUUGGCAACAAAUACCUAUAAAGAUGAUUAAAUUAUUGAAAUGACCAUAUAA